AUGUUCGUCCUACCUCCUCCACCGCCUCGCUAUUCGGUUCCUGUCGCCUACGCGGCAGGCGCUUCAAAUGGGAUGGCGGUGCCGAUCAUUGAAACCAACAACGUUAUCAGUCACCCCGAAGGUGGCUGUCCGCUUCAGGUCGGAGAAGGAACGUAUGAGCUCGUGGACGAUUUACAUCUAGCGACCCCUCCUCCCCAUCCGUCCGAAGCCCCGGUCACGAAUCCCAACCCUCUCGCAACAGUCCCGACCCCUCCGACUUCCGGAGUGAAGCUCUCCCUAGUCGUGACCGGCCAGCGCAAGAAUACGCCCAAUUUCUACAACAUCAAGUCCCUGUCAUCGGACCUCAAAAUCAUAAAGGAGAGCGAGCGAGAAGGCAGACGGUCAGACAGCGGGAGCGACUCCGCCCCCCGGAGCAAUGCAUCUGCGCCUGCAUUCGGGGAGGGCAAUCCGGCGCUGGCGGUCUCUUCGGCGAAGGAUGGGUUGAAACGACGGAAACCGAAGAACAACAUCGUCAAGAGCAGCUCCUCUUUUGUGUCCAGGGUCAUCACGCACGAAUCGACCGCCAAGCGCCUGGCGGAGAGAAACCCCGAUGGUCUCUUCGCUUUCGCGAACAUCAACCGCGCGUUUCAGUGGCUCGACCUCAGUGCUAAGAACAAGGAGGAACCGUUGACGAAGAUCCUAUUUACGAAGGCGCACAUGUUAUGCCACGACGUCAACGAAUUGACCAAGUCGGCGACUCACAUCGAUGUCAUCAUGGGAUCGUCCGCGGGCGACAUAAUCUGGUACGAACCCAUGUCGCAGAAAUACGCCCGCAUCAACAAGAACGGAGUUGUCAACAACAGCCCCGUGACGCAUAUCAAAUGGAUACCGGGCUCCGAGAAUCUGUUUCUGGCCGCGCAUGCCAAUGGGCAACUGGUCGUCUACGACAAGGAAAAGGAUGACGCGUUCUUCACGCCGGAAAUGGAGGCAGGCACGGACGAGUCUAGGAAUGGCAGCACGUCCACGCGGAAAGCCAUGCACGUCCUGAAGUCGGUGAAUUCGAAGAACCAGAAGACCAAUCCGGUGGCGGUGUGGAAGGUGUCGAACCAACGAAUCAAUCAGUUUGCGUUCUCGCCAGACCACAGGCAUCUGGCCGUGGUUCUAGAGGACGGAACGUUACGGGUUAUCAAUUACUUGAAAGAGGAAGUAACAGACGUUUUCCCCAGCUACUACGGGGGGAUGAUCUGCGUCUGCUGGUCUCCAGACGGCAAAUACAUUGUCACUGGUGGCCAGGACGACCUGGUAUCGAUAUGGUCUCUCGCCGAGCGGAAGAUCGUUGCUCGAUGUCAGGGACACAACUCGUGGGUUUCGGCGGUUGCCUUUGACCCGUGGCGAUGUGACAAGCGAACAUAUCGAUUUGGCAGUGUUGGCGACGACUGCCGACUGCUUCUCUGGGAUUUCAACGUUGGGAUGCUGCACCGUCCGAAAGCGCUCCAAGCCAGCGCUCGACAACGGAACAGCGUCAUCGCAAGCACGCAUCACCCGAGUCGACACCGAACGGACAGUACGGGGGUACGCUCUGAUUCCGAUCGAACAGAAAGGGCAGACGAUUACGAGGAGGACACUGUGCGACACCCGGUAGAGCCGCGGAAGCUGACGGCGCUGUUGCCUCCGAUUAUGUCGAAAGUCGUUGGCGAAGACCCGAUAUGCUGGCUUGGAUUCCACGAGGAUUAUAUCCUGACUUCUUCUCUGGAAGGCCACAUCCGCACAUGGACACGACCACGCGAACCCGUCAACAACGAAAGCCGAGCAAACAUCUCUCUUUCGUCCGGUACAGCAGCCGGGUCCGGCACAGGCACAGGCUCAGGACAAGCAGAUUCUUCCACCUCGUGA